UUUGAUCUGGGAACUGUCCACUUCAGUGCUGUUUUCUUCUCCAGGGCUACAGGAGCUCUGGAACUACCUCCCAAGAGGGAAGUAGACCAAGCUACCUCCAGAGAGAGUUCCAGAAGAGGCUUGGCAGCUCUGAUCAUGCAUUGGCUGUGGAAAAUUCCAAGAUAUUGUGCCCAUUGGGGUACUGAAAUGUUCAGCCGUACAUUCCAUAUUAAUAUCAAGAAACAAAUGUCCAUACAGUGGGGCCACCAAGAAGUACCUGCCAAGUCCAACUUUGCUAGUGAUGUGAUAGAUCACUGGGCCAACAUGGAGAAGGCUGGCAAGAGACCUCCACGUCCAGCCCUGUGGUGGGUGAGUGGUGGUGGGCAAGAAUUAAAGUGGAACUUCAGAGAACUGAGUGACAUCAGCCAACAGGCAGCCAAUGUCCUCUCGGGGGCCUGUGGCCUGCAGCGCGGGGACCGUGUGGCAGUGGUACUUCCCCAAGUCCCGGAGUGGUGGCUGGUGACCCUGGGCUGCUUUCGGACUGGCAUCGUUUUCAUGCCUGGAACCAUCCAGAUGAAGUCCUCAGACAUACUCUACAGGCUGCAGACAUCCAAGGCCAGGGCCAUUGUGGCCGGGGAUGAAGUGGCCCAGGAAGUGGAUGCUGUGGCCCCUGAGUGCCCUUUUCUGAAGGUCAAGUUGCUGGUGUCUGAAGAAAGGAGAGAAGGAUGGCUCAACUUCAAGGCGUUGCUCAAGGAUGCACCCACCACUCAUCACUGUGUGGAAACUGGAAGCCAUGAAUCAGCUGCCAUCUACUUCACUAGCGGGACCAGUGGCCCUCCCAAGAUGGUAGAACACUCCUAUUCCAGCCUGGGCAUCAAGGCCAAGAUGGACGCUGGCACCUGGACAGGCCUGGAUGUCUCUGACACGAUAUGGACCAUCUCAGACACAGGUUGGAUAGUGAACAUUUUAGCCUCAUUUCUGGAACCUUGGUCAUUGGGAGCAUGCGCAUUUGUCCAUCUUUUGCCAAAGUUUGAUCCACAGACUGUUCUAAAGGUGCUGUCCAACUAUCCCAUCAACAGCAUGGUGGGUGCCCCCCUCAUUUACCGGAUGUUGCUACAACAAGAUCUUUCCAGUUACAAGUUCCCACACCUGCACAGCUGCUUCACUGGAGGGGAAAGCCUUCUCCCAGAGACUCUGGAGGACUGGAAAGCCAAGACAGGACUGGACAUCCGAGAGUUCUAUGGCCAGACAGAAACGGGUCUCACGUGCAGAGUUUCCAGAACGAUGACCGUCAAACCAGGCUCCCUGGGAACAGCUGUCCCCCAUUAUGAUGUGCAGAUCAUAGAUGAACAUGGAAAUGUCCUGCCCCCUGGCAAGGAAGGAGACAUAGCCAUCAGGGUGAAGCCCAUCCGGCCUGUAGGCAUCUUCUCUGGAUACUUGGAAAAUCCCAAGAAGACAGAGGCCAAUAUUCGAGGAGACUUUUGGCUUCUGGGAGACCGGGGAAUCAAGGAUUCAGAAGGGUAUUUCCACUUCUUAGGGCGGACAGACGAUAUCAUUAAUUCCAGCGGGUACCGGAUUGGACCAUCAGAGGUAGAGAAUGCAUUGAUGGAGCACCCUGCCGUGGUUGAGACAGCUGUGGUCAGCAGCCCAGACUCUACCAGAGGAGAGGUGGUAAAGGCAUUUGUGGUCCUUGCCCCUGAGUUCCUGUCCCAUGACCCAGACCAGCUCACCAAAUUGCUGCAGCAGCAUGUGAGGUCAGUGACAGCACCGUACAAGUACCCCAGAAAGGUGGAGUUUGUCUUGGACCUGCCCAAGACCAUCACAGGGAAAAUUGAUCGGAAAAAGCUUCGAGUCAAGGAAUGGAAAACAUCAGGACAAGCCCAGGCCCAGUGAAAUUCCCAAGGCCCUCCCUGGGCUUCUGUCUUCCCCAUUCCUUUCCUGUGACUUCUCAUUUUUCCUAUGGAGACAUAAGAUUACUCACGCAGAGGCAUGUAUGUGAAUUCUGUCUUUGCUUCAUUAUUAAAGCAGAACAAUGACAUGUUGGAUACUAAAAGAAGAAAGAGGGAAUGAGAGAUUUGCAGAAAGAAGUGAGAAAAAGUCUAAUAAAACAGCAAGGAAAAGAAUUACAAGUAAAAGCGGGAUGGAAGGGAGGAAGGAGGAAGUAGAAUGAAGAGGGGAGAAAAGAGAAGAGAAGGAACUGGAGAGAAAUUAGGAAAAGAGAAGAAUGUGGGCAGGACACUAAAGUCUUCCCCAAGUUGGUUCAAUUCUUGGGGACAUCGUGUCCAAAGGGGGAGCAAAUAUCAUAGAGCACAAGGCACUGUCCUAGGCAUGUCACAGGCCAUCUUCACUCAUAUGUGUUGCAUCUGCAGGCUCAACUUCUGCACAUCAAAACAUGCCACUCUCUGUGGCUCACAUUCCUUCUUGUUUCUACACUUCCUAGAAUCACUAUUAAAAUCAUUUCAAAAUCAAAACUGUGAUUUGGGCAAAACAGAAAGGAGGAGUUUUGCAACAGUUUAUGGACUGGAGAACCCACAGAGGAUAAGCACCCACACUCAUACACACAGACACAGACACACACAAAUAAAUAAAGUAAAAGUAAUAAAAACUAAAAAGAAUAAAGUAUGACAUUAGACAAUGCCUAAGUUUAGCUGCCUUGUUAGACACAAAUUGCCCUGCUCUUGAAAAGCUUGCACAUGUAUUUAGACGUUCUUCAAUACCUCUGCUCUCCCUCUUCUCUCUAAAGCCUUUUCUUGAUGGGUUUGCUCUCUGCUAAUUUUUCAUAUUAAAUUGUGAUUGAUAUGGCAAAGAUCUUAAAUGGUCACACCAAGGACUUACUUUAUCUAAUGAAAACUCUGGCUAGAGAAAAAUCUCUGUCCAGCCAAAGCUAUUUCAUAGUGGAGGGCACUGAGUGGUUUUUAGUUCAAUGACAUUAUCUGAGCUAAAUAAUAGUUAUCUGUGUCCCACACUGCUUUUCUGUUGAUCCUAACUGGUCCUUCUUAACCAUGGCCUACUAUCAUUAUCCCAUAUUGAGAUUUGUGUGUAUGAAUGCAUGUUCAUGUUUGUUUAGGGUGUGUGUGUGUGUGUGUGUGUGUGUGUGUGUGUGUGUGUGUGUGUCUGCAUGUACCUGAGUGUUCAUGUAUAUGAGCACCAAAGGAAAAUCUUGUCACUCUCAGGAACACCAUCCAUCUCCUUUGAGAAAGAAUUUGUCACUGGCCUAGAGAUCACUAGUUUAACUAGACUAGCUGGCCAGUGAGUGCCAGGGUUUCCUGUCUCCACCUCCCUAGCACUGGGGUUACAAGUGCAUGCUACUCCUUUACUUCCUGUGCUGGCUCUCCUAUUAAAACUCUUGAACAUGA